UUUCUAAAUACAGAGGUUUAUAAAAUACCAUGCACUUCUAGUACGAAGAAAACUUGUAUACAUAACUAUGAAAAAAGUUAAGCUGGUCCUUAUUGGCUAUGGAAGAAUUGGAAAAAUCCAUUUUCAGAACAUCAUUUCUGAUCCAUCUGUAGAAUUAGCGGCUGUUAUAGAGUCAGAACGCCAAUCCGUUCUGUUUACUCGUCCCUUUGACUACCCCGUUUACACUUCUCUCGAAUCUUAUCUUUACCAGAAUUCGUCUAUUCCAGAAGAUCAGCUGUGUGGCGUUAUAAUUUCCACCCCCACGCCGACCCAUCAUGAUCUGACUAAGCUGGCUCUCAACCACCGACUUGCCGUAUUUUGUGAAAAGCCUUUGUCGACCCUCGAAUCAGAAAUUAAGCAUCUGUUCUCUAUUUCUCAGACUCAUCACCUGCCUUUGUUUUGUGCCUUUCAUCGUAGAUUCGAUCCUUCUUUUCUAGAGUUGAAGCGUUCCAUUCUCAACAACUAUAUUGGCAGAAUUCAUUAUCUUCAUUCCGUUAGUCGGGAUCAUCCUUUUCCUCCAUUGUUCUUCCUGUCUUCCUCCGGUGGCAUCUUCCAGGACUGUUGUGUCCACGACAUUGACAUGCAUUGCUGGCUGCUAAACGAAUAUCCCUCGCGCGUUUAUGUCAGCGGGAAAGCUUGGCACCCGGAUCUUGCACGCUCCAACGAUUUUGAUUCCGUCGUCAUCAAUCUUGAGUACCCCUCCGGAGUUACUUCCGUUAUUCACGUCGAGCGUUACGCCUCCUACGGCUAUGAUCAACGCGUUGAAGUUUUCGGCGAGGACGGUAUGCUUUGUGUAGAGAAUCCUCAUCAAAACUCGCUAGUCAAAUAUCACAAAGAAUCCAUUAAGAGAAGUCCGUUGCACCCAUCUUUCGAACAACGAUAUAGCGCCGCGUAUAAAGCCGAAAUGUCCUGUUUCAUUAACAUGAUGAGAAACGCUAGCAAUGAAGAUAUGUUUGAUGAUGAAUAUAAACAAGAACGAAACUGUUACUCUUGCCAAGACCCUAUACAUUGCGCUAUAACUAAGGACGAGAUCGUCCGGAACUGCGUCAUUGCCGAAGCGUGUGCGGCAUCCGUUCGCUUGAAACAAGCUGUCACCAUUCAUUAUGAGCUUGGAAGCGAAUUCUACAAAAAUAUUGGCAGCGAAUAUUUGUUAGCGACAUCGGAUGCAACUACGGGGUAA